GAUCCCAGUAGCCAUUGCUAUAUGAAGAUCUAUGACUAAAUAUGAUUGUCAAUAAACUAAUCAUUAUUAUCCAAACUACCAAGCGAUCAAGACGUGUUUUCUCUCCUACAUUUUGGCGACGAAGAUCAAUUGGAAAAUUUAUUUCGGAGCGAUGGCUUGGCCAAUGGUAGAUAUUCAAAAUGAUGUUUGCUGUCGGAAAAAAAAACGGACCACAAAGUUUUCCUGAGAGGAAAGGAUACUUGGUACUCUGAGGAAAGAUUUCUCGUUGAAUUUUGACACUACUCUUAGGGAUGAAGUACUCUUUAAGAAAUAAUGUUCUUUUUGGGGAACCCGGAGCCAGUGGUCAAGUCUAUGAGACUGUAAUAUGAAUGAAAUCUCAGAGUACAAGUGUGAAACCUCUUCACUGAAUGUUUCGAAUAAAAUGCGAGAUUGAUAAAAUCUCACGGGCCAUGGUUGUAGGAGAGUGGUUGUGAUCGUUGAAGUUGAAGAGGUCAGUUAUUGAUACUCUUAUUUCAAUGAGCCCUUCCUAAACCGAUGGUAACACUCUGUGCAAGAUACCAAGAAAGGUUGAGCAGGAGGAAAACCCGAAAGUCGUAAACAUAACUUGUGUGGGUAGCUCCGUUGCAUAAUGAUAAUAAUUUACGUCUACCGUUUCCUAUCCUCGGUGGCAUUUAACAUUCCAAAACAUUCCUAAAAUAGGUGAACCAUCUUAUACCGCCGUUUGUCGAAGAUGCAGAAGGCUCGACUGCAUCACGGUGGGAGAAAUGGCGAGAGCAUUUCGAUGCGUAUUUGAUGUGGAAGGAUGUCGACGACCACGAAGAAAAAUUCAAAUCCUUGAUGUUGUUCGGUGGUCCGGAUGUCCGCAAAAUAAUAACAAAAAUUCAAAUUGAUGAAGACCAUGUUUUGGGAAAUCGAUAUCAAAUAGCGACGCGAAUGCUCGACAAAUAUUUUGUCCCACGAAUGUCGAAAGCGUAUGAAAGGCAGAAGUUUCGUCAAAUGCUACCGGGCUCAAACGAGAAACUUGACACUUUUAUUAUUCGACUGAAAAAACAAGCGACCUACUGUGAUUUUGGUGACCAAACUGAUAACAUGCUAGUAGACCAGGUGAUUGCUACAACAAGAAAUAUACAACUUCGACGUAAAUUUCUGGAAAAAGAUUAUACGCUAGAUCAGGUGCUAACCUUAGGGCGCACACACGAGUCUGUUGAUCUGCAACUUGCUGCCUGGGAUACCGCAACGAAAUCAAAAAUGGAACCUGCUGAACUCAAAACUGAUCCUAUUAAUGAAUCCAUUCUUAAAGUCAACACCGGAAGAAAGUUUCAUGCUCGUACAAGAUGCACCCGAUGUGACAACCAACACUCAUCAAGCGAUCCGACCUGUCCAGCGAAGAUGCAGAAAUGUCGAAGCUGUGGAGUAGUUGGACACUUUGCACGAUGUUGUUUCCUAAAGAAGAAAAAGGCGAGGCCAACCGAAAACGCGGAAAUCCCCAAGAAGAAACGAUUCGUCCGUGAAGUACAUGAAACUGUCCCAGAAAAUAAUGAAGAUGAUGUUUUCGACCUAUUCCAUCUUGGCGGUAAACGAACAGCUAAAAUCGAUGUUGGAGGAGUACCUGUGGCGUUUGUAAUCGACACUGGUGCCGAUGAAGAUAUUCUGAGUGAAGAGGAUUGGCGUAUCCUGAAAAACGUUGGAUUCGAAGCAUAUACGAUCAAAAAGGGUAGCAGCAAAACCUUCAACAGUUAUGGCUCCAACAAACCGCUCACAGUGCUAGGAGAAGUUGAAACCGAUGUGAAGUACGAUGGCAAGACACGAAGAACUAAAUUCUUCGUAAUCCGUGAUGGAAGGUGCUCGCUUCUCUCCGGAAAUACAGCAGUCGAACUUGGAUUGUUGAAGUUCCUCUUCGAAGUCAAUGAUGGUGCAUUCCCUUGCAUAAAUGAUGGUCUAGAUGUCGAAAUCACAGCCACACCUCAAUCAAACAAGGAGCAACAAAAGAACCGGACAGCAAAUCGGAAACGAUCUAGUGAAGCUCCAAUAACAGAAGUGCAGAGAGCAACUGGAAGAAUAAAACGGAAACCAGCUCAUUUAGAUGAUUAUAAACUAUAUAAAUUAAAUUCAAACUAAAUAAUUAUAAUAAAUAUUAAGUAAUGAAAAAAGGGAGAGAAUGUAGGAUCCCAGUAGCCAUUGCUAUAUGAAGAUCUAUGACUAAAUAUGAUUGUCAAUAAACUAAUCAUUAUUAUCCAAACUACCAAGCGAUCAAGACGU